AUGGACUCACCAAUUGUGGAUUUUUACAAAAAUAAAUCUAUUUUGCUGACGGGUUUUACGGGCUUCGUAGGUCAAAUUAUCACGGAAAAGCUGUUGAGAUGCUGCGAUCCAAAAGCCAUCUACGUCUUGGUCCGCAACAAGAAGGGAAAAUCAUGGCAAGAUCGUCUCCAAGAAACAUUCCAAGAUCCCGUUCGUAUUUACAACAAUUUUUUUCUUUUUGACCGAAUUCGCAACGAAAAACCGGAUUUCACGAAACGCGUCGUUGGUCUCGUCGGCGAUUGCGGCAAGGUUAAUUUGGAUUUCAAUCCGGAUGAUUUAAAGACAAUUUUGGACAAUGUCAAUGUCGUUAUUCAUGCUGCAGCGAUCGUAAAAUUUGAUGAUACACUCGCCAAUGCUCUCCGCGUGAAUGUUCAAGCCACAAAAUGUCUUCUUGACAUCUCGCGGGACAUGAGAAAUCUUCAGGCUUUCGUUUAUGUGUCGACGGCAUACUCGAAUUGCAAUCAAAAAGACGCCAUCGACGAGAAAUUUUACACACCGCGCGUUUCGGCACGUAAUAUUUUGCAAAUGAUGGAUUUUAUGGACGAGAAUCUCUUGAACAACAUCACGCCAGCGAUAAUUGAAGGUUUUCCCAACACGUAUACCUUUUCGAAGCACAUUGCCGAGGAUUUGGUGCGAAGUUACGAAGGUCAGUUACCGAUUGUUGUCUUCCGUCCUGCAAUUGUGAUGCCUUCGUUCAAAGAUCCCGUCAGUGGAUGGGUUAAUAAUUACUAUGGGCCAGUUGGAUUGAUGUAUGGCAUCGCCAUGGGAUGUGUUCACGUGUUUCGAGGAAGUUGUAAAUGCACUGCGGAAAUGGUUCCUGUCGAUAUGGUUGUCUCAUGUAUCUUGGCAACAGCUUGGGAUAUGGCAAGAAAUUCGUACAAAUCGAUUCCGGUGCUUAAUUAUGUGCCAUCUCGUCAAAAUCUGCUAACUUGGGGGCGAUUUUUAAAAAUUUCCUUUUCAGCUGCGGAAAAUUUCCCCGUUUCGCGAGCUAUUUGGUAUGUGAGUUUUCAACCGACAGAAAGUAGAUUCAAGUAUGAUGUCAUGCACUUCUUUUAUCAUACGAUUCCGGGACAUUUUGUGGACUUUUUCUUGAAAUUUAGCGGUACAAGAUUCAGAUUGAGCAAAGUUUUUACCAUGAUGAAAAAGUUGAGUUUUGCGUUGGAGCAUUUUGUGUUCAAUGAUUGGAAUUUUGAUGACAAAAAUGUUACUGAAUUAUGGAAGAAAAUGAGUCCAGCUGAUCAGAAAAAAUUCUUUUUCGACAUGAAACAACUAAAUUGGACAAAUUACACGAACGAGUCUCUUCGUGGGAUGCGAUUGUACAUUGCAAAAGAUGAUCCAUCAACAAUUCCUUAUGCUCUGAGAAGACAAAAGAUGUUUAAAGUUGUCCAUUAUGUCGUUACUUACAGUAUCAAAGGCCUCGUUUUGUAUCUAUUUGCCAUAUUUUUGCUUUGGAUUUAUACUUCAGUCAUUUUUCCGAUGUUUAAUUAA